AUGGCAUUCUUGUACUAUGGAACCCAACUACUCGGGAAUUCAAGGUCAUUCCUCCCAACCGUCUUUAGUGUGUAUUGCCUUCUCGGAUCCCAUGAUUAUCUUCCCUUAGUUGAAGAUAAUAUAGUUGAAGAUGAUAGUUAUAUUAAUGAUAGAUCAUCUUAUGAGACCUUUUGGGAGAUAUAUUCUUUAAGAAGUAACUGUUGGAGGAAGCUUGAUGUUUGUAUACCGAACUGUUAUUUGUAUACGUUCAAGCGAGGUAUCGGAUUGUACACGAACGGAGUGUGUCAUUGGUGUGCUAGAACUGAUGAUUCAGAUAAUUUUGAAGAAUGUUUGGUAUCAUUUGACUUUAGUAAUGAGGUGUUGAUUACAACACCCACACCCUCAUACUUGGAUGUUAGUCCUCGAUGUGUUGAAUACAAAGCGAAACGCUUGGUGCUUUUAAAUGAGUCCAUUGCAUUGAUCUCAACUUAUCUAGAGACAUAUACUUUUUAUAUAUCAAUUUUAGGCGAACUCGAUGUUAGAGAAUCAUGGACCAAUGUCUUUACCGUUGAACACAUACCUUUCAUUGAGUACCCCAUCGGAGUUGGGAAGAAUUGCAAUAUAGUAUUCUUUCAGAAAACUGAUGGCAAACUAGCUUGGGUUGAUUUAAGUACUAAGAUGAUUGAGGAGGAUCUUGGUGUUAAAGCAUGGAGGUUUGGUUCUCACUUCUCAUAUAGGAAAGUACAAAAAAAGCUUUCUUCCAAUAGGAGGAAUGAAUAA